AUGGCGCAGAAUUCUGAGAACGAGAAGACCGUGCGCUCGGGCUCGCCUUCUUCGUAUGAGCACCACCAACCUCAGCUGCAGCAACGACCUUAUGAUGAAGGUCACAUGUCGGCUGGUCGUUAUGCGGCCACACGCCUCACCACGCUCAAGCCACCUAUGGCAAAAGCUCCAAACCCGAUCACGUUGCUUCGAAUGCUCAAUUUCCAACAAUGGAUGUUUUUCCUAGUUGCGUUCCUUGCCUGGACUUGGGAUGCGUUCGACUUCUUCACCGUUUCGCUCACAGUUGAGCAACUGGCUGAGACCUUUGGGAAGACGAAUGCCGACAUUACGUGGGGUAUUACCCUGGUCUUAAUGUUUCGAUCCGUUGGCUCUACCAUCUUUGGUAUUGCCGCCGAUCGAUAUGGCCGCAAAUGGCCGUUCAUCAUUAACAAUCUCCUCUUCGUUGUCCUCGAGUUGGGUACCGGCUUCACCUCGAAUUACUCGUCUUUCCUGGCUGUGAGAGCUCUCUUCGGUGUCGCCAUGGGCGGUCUGUACGGCAAUGCGGCCGCGACAGCGCUCGAAGACUGUCCUGAUGCAGCACGUGGCAUCAUCUCUGGCAUGCUACAACAAGGCUAUGCUUUCGGAUAUUUAUUGGCCACAGCUUUCUCCCGUGGUCUCGUCGAUACGACAUCACACGGUUGGCGUCCGCUUUUCUGGUUCGGUGCCUGUCCACCAAUACUGAUCAUCCUCUUCCGUCUCUGCUUGCCCGAGACUCAGGCUUACCAACGCCGCCAGGCCCUACGCGAAGCUCGUGGUCCUGGUGUCGCUGGAACAUUCAUUAAGGAGGGCAAAGUCGCUCUGCGCAAGCACUGGAUGGUUCUGAUCUACCUUGUCUGCUUGAUGGCUGGCUUCAAUUUCAUGAGCCACGGCUCCCAGGAUCUCUACCCAACAAUGCUCAAGAAUCAAUACAAAUUCAACGCCAACAGAGUGACUGUCGUCCAGGUAGUAGCAAAUCUCGGAGCAAUGCUGGGAGGCACCACUGUCGGCUACUGCAGCCAGAUCUUUGGCAGACGUCUGAGCAUUAUUGUCAUGUCCGUCAUCGGUGGUGCGCUGCUAUACCCCUACACUUACACCUCUUCCAACGCCGUCAUCGCCGCCGCCUUCUUCGAGCAGUUCUGCGUUCAAGGCGCUUGGGGUGUCAUCCCCAUUCACUUGAUGGAGCUCAGUCCAGGAGCCUUCCGCACGUUUGUCGUGGGAACCAGCUAUCAGCUGGGCAACCUGGCUAGCUCGGCUAGCAGCACGAUCGAAGCGACUUUGGGCGAGCGAUUUCCGCUGCCGCCAACGACGCUGAAUGGGAAGCAGGUGAAGAGGUAUGAUUAUGGAAAGGUGAUCUGCAUCUUCAUGGGCUGUGUGUUCGCGUACGUUAUCGUUCUGACGUUCGUCGGCCCGGAGAAGAGGGGCAAGGAUUUGAGCGUGGAGGCUGAUGAAGAUGCUAUGGAGGUCAAUGCGGCUGGUCAACAUCACGGGCACGACGGGAAUCCAGGCUUGCACAGCAGUGAUGACGAGGAGAAGGCGGUCCGGCGGGAGAGGGAGCUGUCUUGA